UCUUUCGAGUACUCCGCCAUAUUUGUUCCUCCCUUUCUCGGUUCCUCUUCUUCGAUCCUCGUCGCCAUGGCGCUCUCUCUCCACAGCUUCGCCUCCCUCCGAAGCCCUAACCCUAAUCCUAACCCUACGCCUCUUCUCCAUGGCAUUCGAGGGACGGAGCCGCUCCCCCGCCUCUCCAACUCGCCCUUCCUCCACCUCGAGCCCCGCCGCCGCGCGCUGUGCUCGUCCCAGGCCCCGCAUCGCGUCGUCGUCUCCGCGCGUCGCCGAUUCUCUCGGAUCGUCUCCUUCGCGGCGUCUAAUGAGGAAUCGAAGUUUGAAGACGCUCCAGUGGAGAUUGACAAAGAUAAGACUCAAAUAAAAUCGGAGGUGUCUCAAGAAGAGUGGGCGCAGACGCUCGAACAGUUUAAAGCUGAAGCCCUGAAAAUGAAAGCCAAAUCAGCUGAGGCUUACGAAAUAUACUCCAAAAAGGCCGUUGAGAUGCUCUUGGAAACAUCUGAGAAGCUGAAGAUUCAAACAGAUAAGGCUCAAAAGGACUUGGGUGUAAUACUGAAAGAAGUUGGCGAGGAAGGUCAACAAUAUCUUAGCAUGGCAGCGGAGAAGUCUCCUGACUCGGUUAAGGAUAUAUUGGAAACUUUCAAGUCACUUGGCGAUCUAAAAAGCAUGUCACAAGUUCGUGAUUAUCAUGUUGGAGUUCCUUUUGGUUCCUUUCUUGCUGUUGGAGGGUUUCUUAAUUUUAUGCUAACUGGAAGUAUUCCUGCCAUUCGGUUCGGUGUUGUUCUGGGAACUGCACUUUUGGCCUUAAGCAUAGCAAGUUUGAGAUCAUGGAGAAGUGGGUGUGCUUCUCCUCUUCUAUUGAAGGGGCAAGCUGCAAUUGCGAUCAUUAUCUUCUUGAGGCAAUUGGUUAUAUUCUUUCAGGAUUGGUCAUUUUCAACCUUUUUCAUGUUCCUCAUCAGUGGAGCAAUUGCAUCUUUGUAUGUUUUUCACUUCCGAACUGGUGGUGACCAGAAGGGCCCAAGCAUUGAACAGAGCUUGGAGAACUAGCUGCUAAGGCUAUUCGACAGUUUGUUGGAUUCACCAAUGAGAGUUGCUCAUUAUCCAGAUGCCAAAGAGUUUGCUUUCUCCUUUCUUUAGUAGCCAUCUUAGAGAUCAGUACAACAGGUAGUGAAAGAGUGUAAGAGAAAUGACCCACAUAGGCCUAAUAAGUUAUCACUUUUGAAUUACCCGUGGGUUAUAUCGGUGCGACUUGAAGUUUUUUAAUUCGUUUGUACUCAUCGUGCUAUUUACUAGCCGGACAUACUAGAAUCAUCGAAACAUAUAAGUAUGGAGAAAGCCUUUAUGGUUAAUUGUGAAGAUUGUGUAUAAUUUCUGAAGCAUCUCGUCAUGUCGCCUACAUGUUGUUGUUUGCCCCUA